GCCCACAAGUUUAUUUCGAGGCGCGGGGGUCGGGGGUGGGAUUGUCGCUGCCUGGGUGACAGAAGGCGGCGAAUCCUAACGGGAAAGGCGGACCGAGGCAGAACCCGGGUCUUCGCGCGACCUCGAGUUCGCGGCGCGAGAUCGGUCAGCUGCAGCUCCUCCACUCGGUCCCCUCGGGUGCCGUGGGUGUCCCCGAAAGUGAGGGGAGGAGGAGCGCACAGCCUGGCGCGGGCCCUUUAAGGAGGAGCCCGGGGAGCGGCGCAGGUAAGGGGCGGGCCGGCGGCUGAGCGCGGCACGUCGACGCGCGCCCGGGAUCCGGAUUUGGAGCGCGGCGUCGGCGGGGGCCGGAGGGGGCGGCGCGGCGGAGCCUGGGUGGCCUCGGACGCUCCUCCCGGCCAGCGGCCGCCGCCCGCCUCCACCUGCGUCUCGAGCUCUCCUAGCUGGGACCGGCCGCCACUUCCGGCCGCUCACCUGGGGCGCGCUCACCUGGGAAGCGCUCCCCGCCUCUGGGCGCCUGGGCAGCAGGAUGAAGGACCGGCUGGAGCAGCUGAAGGCCAAGCAGCUGACACAGGAUGACGACACCGACGAGGUUGAGAUCGCUAUUGACAACACAGCGUUCAUGGAUGAAUUCUUUCAAGAGAUUGAAGAAACUCGGCUCAACAUCGACAAGAUCGCAGAGCACGUGGAGGAGGCCAAGAAACUCUACAGCAUCAUUCUGUCUGCGCCCAUUCCGGAGCCCAAAACCAAGGAUGACCUAGAACAGCUCACAACCGAGAUCAAGAAAAGAGCCAACAAUGUCCGGAACAAGCUGAAGAGCAUGGAGAGGCACAUUGAAGAUGAUGAGGUUCGUUCAUCAGCCGACCUUCGGAUUCGGAAAUCUCAGCACUCUGUCCUCUCUCGGAAGUUUGUGGAGGUGAUGACCAAAUACAACGAAGCUCAGGUGGACUUUCGUGAACGCAGCAAAGGCCGGAUCCAGCGGCAGCUCGAAAUCACUGGUAAAAAGACAACAGAUGAGGAACUGGAAGAGAUGCUGGAAAGUGGCAACCCAGCCAUCUUCACUUCUGGGAUCAUUGACUCCCAGAUUUCCAAACAAGCCCUCAGCGAGAUUGAGGGUCGGCACAAGGACAUUGUGCGGCUGGAGAGCAGCAUCAAGGAGCUGCACGACAUGUUCAUGGACAUCGCCAUGCUGGUAGAGAAUCAGGGAGCCAUGAUUGACCGUAUUGAGAACAACAUGGACCAGUCAGUGGGCUUUGUGGAGCGGGCCGUGGCAGAUACCAAAAAGGCGGUGAAGUAUCAGAGUGAAGCCCGGAGGAAGAAGAUCAUGAUCAUGAUCUGCUGUAUAAUCCUUGUGAUCAUCUUAGCCUCCACCAUCGGGGGCAUAUUUGCCUGAACGAGGUGAGCCGUCUGUAGGGAGGGCCAGGCCCGCUGUUAGCUGAAACACUUUUGUCCUGGGAGUUUUUUUCUUUCUUGUUUUGGUCACCUGGUGCCUGAACUUGGGUUGGGAUUAGGUGGUAGUAUGGACCCAAGUUGGGACCUUAGAAAAAUAGAAGGGAAGGUGUGCCAUCUCCUAGAAAAAUAAGCAAAGAAUGAGGGGGCAGUAAGUAGUGGGCUGUCGGGGAGGAGACACAAGGCAGAAGUCUGUGCCACAAGUAGGCCUAGUUGCAGAAUACGUUGUACAAAUUAAGGAAAAUUGAUUUCUGCUGCAAAAUUGGAGACUUGGCACUAGGAAUGAUAAAAGGAUUAGGAGUUAGCUUUGGUAUCAGAUACACGUGAACGCUAGACAAGGUCAUAGAGUAAACCUGAACUAAGAAAAUGCCUUCCUUUUCAAGGAUAGGCCGAGUUAGUGCAGACUUGUGAGUAGUCCUUUAUUCCUGUCGGAGAAGCUGCUGACCCUGGCCAUGAACACUGUGCUUUAUAAUCUGUGAUUUUUUUUCUUCCGCCAUUCUUAUCUCCUUCAGCCCUCACAGCUGGACCCUCGCUGGCCAGUUCUAACCCUUCCACCUCGGUGGCGCUGUCACUUCUCCAUAGCAGUCUCCUCAUCCACUUCUCUUCCCAUUACAAGACUUAUGACACAGGGCGCCACUCAACUAUUCAUUCAAGUUAUGCAAAGGGAGAUCGUGAAAAGUGCGGUUGGAUAGGGGGGGUGGAGGGCAGAGGGCAGAGGGGAGCAGGGAGCAGAACAACCUACAGCUGGUGGGGCGGAAGGGCAGGCCUGCAGGGCUAGAGAAGGAAAGCAUAAUGGUGCCCACUGGGAAGUAAAACUUAAAAGGCUGCAUCACCACCAGGCGGACAAGAGGCCACUAUCACAGCACACCAUGUUUGGCAGGAGCUUUGAACUUCUGUGAGUUAUCAGGCUUCUUGUACCAGCCCAUCUGCUUCCUUCUCAAGGGCCCAAAAGUACUCUUCACUGUGAAAGCGAUCUAAGACUGCACACCAUGCUUGUAUUGUCCACUGCUCAGCACAGCGCCAGGCACUCACAGAUCCAAUUCCCAUGAGGAAGCUCUGCUUUCACUCACACGCAAGUCCUUGGCUGUGACUCUAACACUGUGAAAAGCAUCAGUGGACACAGUUUGACCACCAACAGAGGCUCUGUGAAGUGGCCUGGGAACCAGCGGAGUCACCCUUUUAACCACUAUGGGUGGUGAUGGAGUGGUGCUGCAUCCAGGGCCAAGACUGCAUUGAGGAACUAAACAGAAACCAUUCAAAAGAAGCUGGAUUAUACUACACAGUGACUGAACUCCCAAGACGUGACACACACACCGGGGACCACAGCAAGGGAUGGGUGAUGUUAGAUGGGAAAGGUGGAAUAAGGCUGUCGCCUACUUCACUUCUCAUCCGUGUUAACCGGAACUGUUGGCCAGUGGUGCACGUGCAAGAAACUUCAGUGUUCCCUACUCAAGGUUCAGCUGUUUUCACCUUUAAACCAGCCAUAUGAGCAAGACUUGGAACAGAAGUCAUUUCAGUGAUUAAUUAUAUAUAGGAGGCUCACUAAAAAUACGUUAAAAAUUACAAUGGUACAAUUCUAAAAAGACUACUUAACUAUUUAGGUAAAUGAUUUUUCAAGUAAAUUCUUAUUUUCUCUGGAGCUUUUUUAGGAAAGUGGGAUUAAGUAAUUAGAUGUUUCAUCAUGGUGCCAUUUCCUACCUACUUUCAAAAGAAACUGGUUUAAUAUCUAUCAAUUUAUUUCCCUUAGUUUGAAUAUGGGAUAGAAGACUACUGCUGUUUGAAAGACUGGUUAGUCUUGUUAAAAGGAAGCAGAUGGUGCCCCAUCCACCCAACAGCAGUCAGCUGCGUGCUGCUCGGCACUGCUCUGGACCCUGCAGGUGCACCGAUCAGAGCCAGACACUCCCUCCUGGAGGAUUUCAGGGCCUAACAGGCACCACACAGUUUCAACUUUUGUUACCAGAUCCUUUUGUUAAAAGAUAUUCGAUUCUUGUCAUUGUCAGUAUUUCCCUUUCCAAGACUGAGCGAUGGGUUUGUUGGCAUCAAUAAAUACUUGUUCAAUAAAC